CUUGUUAGAAAAAAAUCGAAUCCGAUGUUUUGUUCUGUUGGAUAUAUAACAAAUAUAACAGAUAUACUACAUUAAUAAUAAGAUGGGAGCAUUUGGUCGAAUCAAGAUGGUCACUUUAGACGUUCACAACACAAUAUUAAAGAUGACCUAUCCACUGGGAGAAACAUAUGUCAAAAAAACAUUUGAAACUUCGGGCAUAAAACUAGAAACGGAUGUGGUAAACAAGGAAUUUUACACAGAAUGGAAAUACAUGAACAAACAUUACCCUCACUUUGGGGCAACAACAAAACCUGAUUGGUCAGAUGGAGGGUGGUGGGAACAGCUUUGUAGUAGGACACUCCUUGCUGCAGGUUUUCCUAAGGAUCAGUCCUCCCGUUUAACAGAUUCUGCUCAGGCAAUACAUAAGUACUAUGUUACUCCAGAUGCUUGGACAAUUCUCUCUAAUGCUGAUGAAGCACUCUCUGAGUUGGCCAAAACAGGUGUCAAAAUUGCUGUGAUAUCAAACUUUGGAAAGCGCUUACACAAUUUAUUUGAUAUAUUCAAUCUGAGACAAUACAUUGACCAUUUGAUCAUAUCAGAGGAGGCAAAAAGCUCAAAACCCGAACAAUCAAUUUUUGAACAAGCUUUACUAAAAGCAGGACUACAUAACGAGCCUGAAAGUGUACUUCAUAUAGGAGACCAUAUUAGGAAUGACUACUAUGGGGCUAAAACUGUGGGAAUGAGAGCUCUAUUAUUUAUGGAUCCUGGGACUCCACACUGGCCUGUUGGAAACGAGGGACCCAUUGACAAAGCUGAUGUAGUUACAAGUUUGAAAGCUGUUGUUGACUUUGUAAAAAAGAAUAAUGAACUCUAUGACUGUGAGUCACAGCAAAACAGAUGAGACUAUUAAGAUCAGGGGACCUGUACUUUGUACACUUGACAUGUAUUUCCCCUGAAACCAAUGAUAUUUCUCAACUAUGAUAUUUUUUGGACCAGAAUCUUUUCUUUCCAAAAUCUUUUUUCUGUCAGUGUGUUAAUUUUUUUUUAUUUAUGUACAAGUACAUGAAGAGUACACGCUUGGUAUUUUUGCUUUGAUUAAAAACAGGUUCAUCCAUCUACUUGCCAACUGUCAUGAACCGACAUCUACAUUUAGGCUUGAUUGAUAUGA